GGUUCAUGGUUCAUUCUUAGAAUUAUUCCCUUUAAUUCUUGACGUCCCCUUUUUACCUAGAGAUAAAGGAGUACUAAGUACAGUACAAAUAAAAAUAAAGUAUUUAUUAAAAGAAAAUAGUCAAGUUGUAUCCCCGUCGGCUGUUUGAGAGAGAUACGAGUCAUACGAGUGGAGCGCAAACAGUGCAACAGUGCAUAAGAAUACAAAAACGAAAGACGUAAAAGAGUUUCCGAACCUUUCUACAACUUCUCUAAGCCCUAUUCGAGUUCUGCAAGAAUCUCUCAUUUUCUAGUGGUGGAUUGCAACUAAUUUGGGUAGAUUGGUGCAGGAAGAACUGCAGACAAAAUCGUUGCACCAAUCAAUGGUAGUUUUGGGUGGAUAACAGAAAUAACUUCAGGGAUGGGAGGUUGCUGCUGUUCUUCCAGAAAAGCUCAUCUGCAUGGAACACCAGUCUAUUACUAUUGUCCACCUUCUUUGGAAGAGCAUGAAUCCCUGACAUCUCAUGAUGGCACAGCCUCUACACUGUUAGGUGGAUUCCUGGUUGAUUUGGGUCUAGACGCAUCAACCCCUGACACUUACCAACCGCCUCCUGCACCUUUGCCAUAUGAUUUGAUCUUGGGAUGUUCACGAUCUACUGAUUCUGACUCUGUUGGAGAAACAAUUAUUGGAAGUAGCUUUGGAACUUUGACUACAUGUGAAGAACUUGAGGAAUCGGACUGUAAAGCUCAAGCCAAUUCUUUGGAUUUCUCGCCGAGAAAAGUAGAAGUUCCAAAUUUGAAUGAACUUAAUAUAUCUGUAGCAGAGGAAGAGGAUGAGUGUCCUAUUUGCCUUGAAGAGUAUGAUUCUGAGAAUCCAAAUACUAUAACGAGAUGUGAACACCACUUUCACCUCUCAUGCAUUCUUGAAUGGAUGGAACGAAGUAAUGCCUGCCCUAUAUGUGAUCAGGAAAUGACUUUUGAUGAUACCUGUACUUAGUUUCUCUCAUUCUCUUUCAUGAUGGAAGCUUCUUUACCGUUUGCAACCAAAGGUUCCCAGCUCAGUGGUUGUAGAUGCGUAUCAAUCAUUUGUUUAUAGCUGAUCAUUCAGUUAUGGCCCACAGAUUUAUUUCUAGUUUGGUGGCUGAGUUUUUCCAAUUCCAUUGUUCCUGUGGUAUAAUUGGAUCAAAGAAAUGAAGUUAUCAUACAUUCACACCAGUGAAAAUUGUGCAUUGCUUAUUCAUCUCUUCCUCAUUGAAUAAACCUGGAUUGUCAGUUGUCAGAUUUGCAGGAUAAUAGGAAUUUAGAUUUGAACAAGGCUCCUUAAGGCAAAAUCCCUGCUGUGUGGCAUAUUAAUUUGCAAGAUUUCUCUUUAUUGUACAGAUCAUACGGCCUAUCAUUGUUGUGUACAUAGAUCUGUUUUCACCCAUUGGACUGGUCUUGUAAAGUCUUUUCAUUUUCAUUUUGGAUGAGUUUCAAUUGGUGACUGAUUGGAAGUGUAUGGAAUGAUCAAUUGGAGUUUAAGUUUAUCCACUAUUUGCAGCUUUAGCUUC